CAGCUCCCGUGGAGACCCUGCAGAAGGCAUCAAUUUACCUGGGAAUUGGAAGUGACACCUAGACUAAAGGAACUCCCUCUGUGCAUCACAGGAUGGAUGCCCGUUACCUGCUGGUGUUUGUCUGUGUCUUCGCUGUGGCUCGAGCUCAUCAUUCAAAAGGCAAUCUGUGUGAUACCAUUCGCGCUACGCAGUCGAGCAUAUCGGAUUUCAAAGGAUAUGCCCUCAAUGCCAUCGACAGGAACCAUGACACCGACUACCAGCAUGGGUCGUGCAGCAAAACAACUGUGCAGUCGUCGCCCUGGUGGGCCGUCGAUUUCUUCUACCAUUACAUGGUCUUUGUUGUGAAAAUCACUGCGGGCCUUGGCGUUAGUGAUGCAGAAAUCCGCAUUGGAGACUCGAUGGAAAUCACCGGCAAGGACAACGCCGUUUGUGCAAAGGAUGUAUCCGUGCCUGCGGGCGAGACUAGGUACUUUUUCUGUAAACCACAAGGACUACAUGGACGUUUCAUGACCAUUAUCAUCCCCGGGAAGACAACAGCCCUGUCACUCUGUGAAGUGGAAGCCUAUGGGGCACACGAUCCUCACUAAAUCAGUUCCCCCACAUGGAGAAUAACGCGGAUCUUCCUUUGUGCUUCCGCCUUCCACGACUGAUCCGAUAGAAAAAAAUACAGCUUCGUAGCCAGAGCUAUUCCAGUCUAACCCAGCUUCAAGCAGCAAGUUUCACAGAGAGCCAAUUGUGGUGAACUACAUAUACCUGCUGGACACGCCCCCCGCCCCCCCCCCACCGCUGACUGCUCCUGUGGCUCCUCCCACAGACCCCGGUAUAAAGGCCACAGACCCUUCCUCAGUCUCCAGGAUGUUGUAUGAUGGUCACUUGCUGCUUGUGCUUUCUUCCAGUCAAUAAAAGCCUGCUUUAACUCA